UUGCUAACGCCUGAAAAAAACGGCCAGACACCGGCGCUGUCAAACCGGUGCCCCGCCACAACCGGCCGGGGCUUUAACGGCGGCGGCUACCCGGUCUGCGUCGUUUCUGGAAAAUCGGAGAGUUGGACAGGACACUGCAGGGAUCUGGUGUUGUCUUACCGCUUAGGUUUACAAUCGAUGGGCCUGGGGAAGACGGUGCAGGCCAUCGCGGUGGCGUGCGCCUACAGGCGGGAGUGGCCCCUCCUGGUGGUGGUGCCCUCGUCCCUGAAGUAUCCCUGGAUCGAGGAGCUGGAGAGGUGGAUCCCAGAGCUGCAGCCCGGAGACAUCAACCUGGUGGAAAACAAGAGCCACACCAUGGCCAUCGGGAGCAGUAAGGUCACGGUGCUGGGCUACGGCCUGCUGGCCGCGGACGCGCGCCCCCUGGUGGAGGCUCUGGGCAGGCAGCGCUUCGCCGUGGUGCUGGUGGACGAGUCCCACUACCUCAAAUCCAGGAACGCCGCGCGCACCAAGAUCCUGGUUCCUCUGAUUCAGAGCGCCAAACGCGCCGUGCUGCUCACCGGGACUCCGGCUCUGGGCCGGCCAGAGGAGCUUUUCAUGCAGAUUGACGCCCUCUUUCCCAAAAGGUUUGGAUCCUGGACAGACUACUCCAAGAAAUACUGCAACGGCCAUUUCAGAUAUUUUGGAUCUCGAAGGCAGUGGGACAGUCGGGGGGCGUCCAACCUGAAGGAACUCCACCAGUGUCUGAGCCAGAUUAUGAUCCGCCGCCUGAAAGAUGAAGUCCUCAGCCAGCUGCCCCCUAAAAUACGCCAGCGGAUCCCCUUUGACCUCCCAAAGGAUGCUGCCAAGGCGGGGGCUGUGAAGGACUACAUUAAGAUGAUGCUGGAGGAUGAGCAGAUGAAGUUCCUGGUGUUCGGGCACCACCUCACCAUGCUGCAGGCCUGCACCGAGGCCGCCAUCGAGGCCAAGGCUGGUUACAUCAGAAUUGAUGGCAGCGUGCCGUCAUCAGAAAGGAUCCAGUUGGUCCAUAAGUUCCAAAACGACCCAGAAACUCGAGUAGCUAUCCUCAGCAUCCUGGCAGCCGGACAGGGUUUGACCUUCACGGCUGCCAGCCAUGUGGUGUUUGCGGAGCUCUACUGGAAUCCGGGACACGUGAAGCAGGCGGAGGAUCGCGCCCACCGCAUCGGCCAGACGUCCUCUGUCAACGUGCACUACCUCAUCGCCAAGGGCACCUUUGACACCGUCAUGUGGUCCAUGCUCAACAGGAAGGAAAGUGUCACCGGCACCACGCUGAACGGCAGGAAGGAGAACCUGAAGGCUGACGAGGGGGACAAGGACGAGUGGGAGUUCCUAAACUUUGCGGACGCGUGGACGCCCAGCGAGCCCCUGCAGCCGGGGGCGGGAGACCCCAGGGACGACCUGUUCUUUACUCAUUUUGAGAAAGAGAAGCAGCACGACAUCCGCUCCUUCUUCUCCCCGAGCCGCAAGGAGAAGAAGAGGAAGAAGACCGCCGACGAAGAGCCGUCUCCCUCCGUUUCCACGGCGACGCCCGCCGACCCGGACUUCUCCCCCCCACUAAAGCGCCCCCGGACCCCCCGCCCCCCCCAGGGGGAGCCGGGGGGGGCGGACCCAGCUGUCCUGGACCUGGACCAGGACCAGGACCCGGACCUGGACCAGGACCAGGACCCGGACCUGGACCAGGACCCGGACCUGGACCAGGACCUGGACCUGGACCAGGACCCGGACAAGGACCAGGACCAGGACCUGGACCUGGACCCGGGACAGAGGUGGAGCUGUGGGGCCUGCACCUACUCCAACAGCAGCCUGCUGCCCUACUGCGAGAUCUGCGAGCUCCCGCGCCCCCCCGCCGCCUCUAGAGCAGGGCCACCGGGACCUCUUCCUCCUCCUCCUCCUCCUCCUCCUGGACCCCAGAAGCCCCCCCAAGGCAAACACCCAGAGCCUGAGGAGCCGGAAAAGAAGGGAAAGCAUCCCAAAGACAAACAUAAACGAGGGGGAUCUGAGGAAGAGGACGAGCGGAGGCCUAAAGACAAACAGUCGGUGGAGGAGCGAGGCUGCAGAGAUUCUGAGGCUGGAGAUGGAAAUGGAGAGGGGAAUGGUGGUGAAGAUGGAGGUGAAGAUGGUGGUGAAGAUGGAGGUGAAGAUGGAGGUGAAGAUGGAGGUGAAGAUGGCGGCAAAGAUGGCGGCGUCCUUCCCGUUUACCCGGGUCUGCAGUUCUGCGCCAGCCAGUACACAGAUCGAGUUUAUCUGUACUCAAAGGACGGAGACCCGCUGAACUUGAGCUUCAUCCCUCUGGACAUCAGGCUAACCAACUGGGACGAGCUGCCCGAGGCCUUCAGCCGACGCCCCGAAAAUCGAGCGCAGGUUCUCGGGUUUGUGCAGGAGUGGGAAACCCUGCCGGCGAUGAAGCAGAAGCUGCUUCGGCGCAGCGGCGUUUUUUUCCACAAGCCGUCGCUGGGUCUGCAGCAGCUGGCCGCCGCCCGCCCCCCCACAUCCAGCACCAAGAGGUACCUGAGCCGGGCCGAUGUGGCCCAGGCCUCCCUGUCUAAGGCCCAGGAGGAGGGGGGCUCCGUCCGGGUGGUUGCCACGACGACGAGGGCGUCGCCCGCCACGGAGAGGUGCUCUCCGACUGUCUUCCCGCUCUCUCCUUCAGCCGUCGCCAUGGCGAUCUCUAAGUGCCUGGCGGCGGAGUGUGUUGGGGGGGGGGGGCCCUGGGACUCACGCUUCUGCAGCCACAGGUGCCAGGACGAGUUCCAGCUGCGCUGCAGUGGUUCCUACCUGCGUUCCCGGGUUUUGGAGGCUGAGCGGGGCGUCUGCCAGCAGUGCGGCCUCCGCGCCCACGACCUGUUCCUGCAGGUCCGGGAUGCCCCCCCCCCCCAGAGGAAAAACCUACUGGACAACACCUGGCUCUCCCAGCUGCCAAUCAAACAGCUGAACGAGAUGAUCCGGGCCCCGGUGGAGGGGGACUUCUGGCAGGCGGACCACAUCCGGCCGGUGUUCGGCGGGGGGGGGCAGUGCUCUCUGGACAACCUGCAGACGCUCUGCACCGUCUGCCACAGAGCCAGGACGGCUGUUCAGGCCCGGGAGCGGAGGCAGAGCCGGAGGAGGGCGGUAACCGGGGCGACCGCAGACAUCAGCAGCUUCUUCUGCCGGAAGUGA